CGCCAUAGGCAGUGUGGCAAGCCCCGUUCAGAAAAAGGUUCCCACUCAAGCCUUUUCUGCCCUCACCAUGACGAGCAGAGAGCCCGAGGGGCGCCUGGAGGUGCUGCAGAUCUAUAAGAUGAUUCAGUGCACCCACGAAAACGACAGGGAGCAGAUUAAGAGCCUGCUGGAGUAUGGAGCUGAUGGCCUCAUCAACCUGACCGAGCCCAAGGACGGGACUGGGGUGCUGCAUGUGGCAGUGGCUGCAAACAACCAGGAGCUGGUGAGUUUUCUCCUGUCCCAAGGAGCUAUCCCUGACGUACAGAACAAGAAGGGUGUUACCCCAGUGAUGAUGGCUGCAGAGCUCGGGAAUGAGGCCAUAGUGGCUCUCCUCGCCCAACAUCACGCAGAUAUGACACUUUUGGAUUCUGAAGGGAAAGGUGUGCUGUUCUACUGUAUCUAUCCCACCAAGUCCCACACGCGCUGUCUGCAGACGGCCAUGAAGCACCACGCCAAUGUCAACAACGUGUCAGCCUCGGGAAGCCACGUGUUCCAGCUCAUGUGUGAGAACGCCCUGGAGUGUACCCCUAAGUGUCUGCUGCUGCUGGAGGGGGGCGCAGACCCCAAUGCUGCUGACCAGAAAACUGGAGUGACUGCACUGAUGGAGGCAGCGAAAGCAGGCUCCCUGCAGCUGGUCAGGUCCAUUCUGAGGAGAGGAGGAAACCCCAACGCCAUCGAUAAAAAGCGCCACACCGCCGUCCAUUAUGCUGCCAUGGGGGGCUUCUUUGAGGUGAUAAAAGUACUGUCUGCAUAUAAGGCUGACAUGGGGGUGGUCAGCCUGGAGGACUGCUCCGCGUUACACUUUGCAGCAGCCACUGGAGAUGCCAACUGCUGCAAGUUAUUGGCACAACGAGGUUGUAACCCUAAACUGAAAAACCUGGAGGGUCUUAUUCCACGACAGAUUGCCAAAGACCUCGGUGCCAAAGCUGCAGCCAAAGAACUGCGUAAAGCUGAAAAACGGUUUGGGAAAGGAAACAAAGACAGCGCUGUGGGCCUGCUGUCGGACCCUUGGGCUUUGAGCCUUCAUGACUGGUCCAAUGUCUACGAGACUGAACUGAGACAGGCGUUUGAAUCUCAGGACAUUUUUCCCAUUGAUAGGUUCAUCGCAGUCUUAGAAAAAGUCCGAGCUCCUGUUGAAAUUUUACAACUCCACCAAGUCAUCUCAAUGCACGACAAAGCCAAACUAGGAUUCAUCAAUGUAAACGACUUUAUCAAAGGAUCUAAGUACAUCGAGAAGCCAUACCUUUUGUCCACCUACCUGCCCAAGAAGAAGAAAGAGAAAGGUGGAAAAGGAGGCAAGAAGAGAGCUAAGUUUGUCCUCCCAAUGCCCAUUUGCACACUAACGCCUGAGCUCAAACCAAGGAGACCGGACGGAGGACCACCACAGUUCAUGAUUGAAACGUACCAUAACUGCUCCGACAUCAACAGAUUUGACAAAGACCACCCACCCAUUCACCCUAUAGUGAAUGACUCAGGGUGGUACUUAGAGAGGCCUGAUAAAGUGUUUAUAAAUGUGAGCUACUGUGUGAAGAGUGGAGACCUGGAGUCCCUGGACCUGGCCUUCUCCCAGGGCGUGUCUGUAAAUGUUCAGGAUGAGUUCUACAAGACUCCAUUGAUGAUCGCCUGUCAGAAUGGGAGCCUCAAGAUGGUUCAGUAUCUGCUCAAGCAAGGAGCUGAUGUGAAUGCUUGUGACCAGUUCUUCUGGACCCCUUUGCACCAUGCGGCUCAUGCAGGACACGUGGACAUUAUUGAGCUGCUGCUGAACUCUGGAGCCUCCAUAGAUGCGCGGGCACUGAGCGGAGGGACCCCCCUCAUGAGGGCCAUCCAGAGCUCCAAACCUGCCUCUGUGGAGUACCUCAUCAAAGCAGGGGCCAGCGUCAUGGCCGAGAACAAGAAAGAACAAGACUGCCUUUAUAUUGCCAAAGCCUUUGCAGACAUCAGAGUCAUAGACCUGGUCAAUGCCAAGGUGGAGUCCCUUCCCAAACCAAAGGAUGGCAAGAAACCCGAAGGAAAAGGGGCCAAACCGCAAAAGGCCAAAGGAAAGUUGUUUUCUCCAGAAGCAGCCGGUGCCUCCACUGCCACAGCUGAGAUCGUCGCUCAUCCAAAAGAACUGAACAACACCGUCCACCAGAACGCUCUGAUUACCACUGGGAUGGCCAACCCUGUGGACAUCACCUUUGUGCCAAAAACUGUUUGGGGGCAGCCUCCCAGCACCAGUCAGCUGAUGUCACAGAUUGAGAAGCAGAAAACGCCCCUGUCAGUGGAGUUGGACUUUGAGGACUACUUAACCUUCAGCCAGAGCGUGAAGAGGAAAACUGUGGAGCUGCCAAAAGCAUCUAACUAGAGCAGACAGGUCAGAAGUUAGA